AUGCUCAUAAGUCUGAAAUUAAAUUGUUCUGCAAUACUAUAUGUGAAGAUUGCAAAUAAUAUUGUGAAUGGUGUUGAAAUUUGUGAUAAUUCUCCACGAGCUACUAGUUCACCGGCUGUGUCAGCAAACGCACAGACUACAUUUUAUAACCAACAAAUGCUUCUACAGCAGCAGUAUAUGCAAAUACCAUCUCUUUAUGGUAGUCAGCAGACGGGAGGAAUCAUGUUACAGCAGCAUCCGAUGGAUAUUCAAACAUUCCAACAACAGCAGCAUUUGCUACAAGUUAUGCAACAACAACAACAGCAGCAGCAAGCAUUACAAAAUCAUCAACGUAGUUUAGGGCUUCAUGAGUCACAAACUUUUGCACAACAGCAGGUGGUGUUGCAACAACAACAAUAUCAGCGUGCAUUACAACAAGCAGCGCAACAACAACAAGUUUGCAUUUUUGUUAUUAUUGUACAGCAACAAAGACAAUUGGAACAACAGCGUCUGCUGGAACAACAACAACGGCAACUUGACCUCAUGCAUCAGGAGCGUGAGGCAGCUCGGUUGAAACAGCAGCAAGAUGAACUGUUACGCCAGAAAGCCGAAGCAUUGGCACGUCAGCAGCAGGAGGAAGCAGCACGUUUGAAACAGGAAGAGCUGCGGAGAAUAGCUUAUCAGAAAGAACAACAGCUUAAACAGCAACGAGAAGCACAUGAAAGAUUACGUUUGGAGCAACAACGAAUUUUGGAAGAACAAAAGCGGCAGGAAGAAGCUCGAAAACUUGAGGAACAACGCAAAGAAAUAGAAAAAGUACGUGCAAUACGAGAGCAACAAAAUCGAAAGCAACGUGAAGCACGUGAAGCUUUCAACAUAAUGAAAGAAAAAGCCGACAGUUUUCCCAUACCCAUACAUUUAGCCGGUUGUCAUACGCUUACCAAAUUGGUGAAUCAUUUACCAUUUCCGUCUCUGUAUUUGCCUUACACGAACAAUCUGAAGUGUGAAACCAUAAAUAUACCACGAAUCGGACCUACACAGAAAGAAGUCUUGAUACAAGCCGUCGAAGCUAUUUCACAAAUUGAAACUUCCGAUGUAGUAUUGAAACAUGAAGAUGGUGAAACAAAUGAUUUUGAUAUGCAUGCGGCACCGUGUUUUGUGCGUGAAUUGUAUGAAAUCAACAAUCAGGCAUUUGACGUUGAUAUUCCUGAAAAUGUAGUGGCCCCUGAAAUAAUGAAUGUAGCAGGCAAUCAUUCGAUGGAAACUGAAACAGAUGUAAUGGAUAAAUCAGCAGAACUUCAAGGACAAAUUACACUUGUGAAAGAAGAUACUGCGGAAGCAAAUGAUACAACCGAGGUUGAAUCACUGAAAAAGGAGGCAGCAAGUGUUUCCGAAAUACCUACACCAUCUUUCUCAGAUAUAUCGAAAUCGACUGCAAUACAGGAGGAUGAACAGCAAGUUCAACUACGUCGACAAAUUGUUUCUCUCGGAAAACAACCGAAAGCUCAACAAAUACGCAGGAAAAAGGACAUGGUUGAAUCAUUGUUCGAUUCUCUAACUGGUUAUUUUGAUCCAACUGAAGGUCGCCGGCGCCGACAACGAACAAAAACAUAUGAGGAAGAACAAAACGAAAAAGUACAAAUGGAGCUUUUCGCACAAAUGGAGAAAGUAGAUGCUAAUGAGAAAGAAGAAAAGGGAUCUACGAAAAUUGAGCAUCGUCCGGAUCAUGCUGGAACAUCUAAGGAAGGAUCGAUGGAAAAUGAUGAGAAACCUAAAUUUUUCGAAGGGCACAAGAAAGGCCGUAAAAGAGUCCGAGAAAAAACCCUUGACCAACCGGAAAGACCGCCGACACCAACAGAAGUGAUUCAACAGCGAGAAUUAGAGUGGCGUGAACGCCAACGUAAACGACGUGAAAAGCAUAAACGUCGGCAGAAUGAAUCGGAAUCUGAAUGCUGGAAUAAUGAAGUUAUGGCAGAGAAGGAAUCGUAUAUAAAAUUUACCACCAUUAUUGAUCAAAUUUUUGAAACAAUUGAUGAACAAGAUUUCGUUCCAAGUACAAAUGCAGAUGAUGACUGCGGAAUGCCGCAAGAUUUUCUGGACAAAGAUCAACUCGAAGAAUUGCGACAGGAAGCGCAGAAAUUGAAGUCAUGGAAGAAAAUCAAUAAAGUCAAUCCAGAACGUCUGGUAAAGCUUUUGACAAUUUUGGAAAAGAAUAUCCGUGAUAUAAUCGGCGUAGAAGGGGAACAGUCACUCAUUACUCUUUUUAAUGAGGACGAUGAAGACGAUUCAAAUGAAGCAUAUCGUGAAGUAAUCGGUGAUCGUAUAAUGCGUGCGGCUGAUGCAUCUUGUACUGCAAUGCUUAUAAUGACAUCUACAAAAAUGCCUAAACAAGUAUUUAUUGAAGAUCCAAUUGAUCGUUCCAUACAACUCUGCAAGCAGUUUCUUAACAAUAUUAUCUAUCCAACAUCCGAUAGCUCAUGUCGUACUUCUAAUAAAGGACGAAAGAACGAAGAUAGGAAACGAAAAAGAUCUAUAAGUAAUGCUCGAUCCCGUAUUAUCAAAAACAUUUACACUCGUGUUACUGAACUUGUCGGAUGCUUUGCUGAGCUUGUUCGUAGUCAGUCCCUAACAGACACAGCCGUCCUGCAGCUGUGUACUCUGGCAUCUGGACCAUUCUUUAUAGAUAAUGUUGGUGAAUUACAAAUGCAAUCCAUCAAACUUCUUUCGGCCAUUUUUUCGCGUUAUGAGAAUUUUCGAAAAAGCAUAAUUCAAGAUUUGCUCAGUUCUGUUCAUCGUCUACCUCCGAUAAAAACAUCGAAAAAUAGUUAUCGUAUGACUGCUGACGAAUGGAUCAGUAAUAUGACUGUUCUUAUUAUGCAGCUUGUACAAAGUGUUGUGAAGGUUCCAAGGCGACGACGCUCCGAUGAACCUUUUGAUGUUGGCGAAGAAACAGCAGUUGAUGAUACUGUAGUUAAAGAUUCUGUGGUUGAAUGUCAAAAAAUGGCAUCAUUAUUUCUCAGUGGAUUCCUAGCUAAAUGCACAGCCAAAUCAGAAGAAGAUUAUCGACGUUUAUUCGACCAGUUUGUGCAUGAUUUGCUCACUGCUUUGUACAAACCUGAAUGGCCUGCUGCUGAAAUGCUUUUGACAUUACUGGGCAAUGUUCUGGUUACUUUCUAUCGUUCGAAAAAUGUUGAUAUGUCACUGAGAAUUGCCAGCUUGGAUUAUUUGGGUACAGUAACUGCUUCGCUUCGUAAAGAUAUGCACCAAGCUAUUUCCGAUGAUACUCGGCUAGAUGUAGUUGUUAAAACACUUUUGUAUGAAGAGCUUGAGGAAGAGGAACAGACUGGCGAUAUCGAUACUAUUGAUAUCAGUCAUAUGUCACCAGCAGAUAAAAUGAAGAAGGUUCAACGAGCCUUGAUUGAUUAUCUCGUUGAAAGAAGAGGUGAUGCCGAUGUUUCCAUCGAGUACGCGAUAAUGUUUUAUGUGGGUAUUUGGUACAAAGAAGUAUACGAAGAAGCAGAAUCGGCAAAGCAGAAGCUGAAGCAGAUCAUGAAUAGCUCCGAAAUAAAUGAUAAAGAGAAGCGAAAAUUUGAAAAGAAAUCUGCUAGAGUUCUGGAACGAUGUCAACUAAUGAAGAUGUUUCUCAUCAAGACUGCCGACAAAAAGCAUAUGAGGAAACGUGCUGAACAAAUUGCACGCACUGGUAGUAUUUUGAUGGAUAGUGAUGCUUCAUGGCUUGUAAGAUUCUUAGCUUCAAGUCGGGAAUUUAGUCAGUCAUUUUCGACAUAUCUCAACCAUAUUUUAUAUGGUAUACAUGCGGAACAGGCAGUUGGUUUAAGGACCAAAGCAAUGCGGUGUUUAACCUUGAUUAUUGAAGCAGAUCAUGCAGUUUUAAAAAUUCCCGAGGUACGCAAAGCAGUUCAGGCAAGAAUGAUGGAUCCGAAUGCGGCAGUUCGUGAAGCGACCAUUGAACUCAUUGGGAAGUAUUUGAUUGCGAAACCUGAAUAUGUCCCGCAAUAUUAUCCAUUAUUAAUUGAACGUAUCAAGGAUUCUGGUGUAGCAGUUCGGAAACGUAUAAUACGUAUACUGCGCGAGAUAUGCGAGAAACAGCCUGAUUAUGAAAAAGUGCCAGAAAUGUUGGCACGGAUCGUGCGACGUAUAUCGGAUGAAGAAGGAGUAAUGACAUUAACAGAUAUGGUUCAAAUAUGUAUCAAGGAAAAUACAUUGGAUUUCUUCGAACAACUACUAAAUAGUUUACUGAAAAACAAUGAUCGAGCAUUGUUAUUUGCUUCACGACAGAUUGUGGAUACAUUAGUAGACAAUGUCCUUACGUUGGAUUCUAAAAUGGCUUCAGGUGGUGGUGAAGUAAUGAAUAAUGGCGAAGAAAGCACUUCAUUGAAUGCAGCAGCCGCUCACAAGGAACAUCAAGAACGAAUGCUGGCUUGCCUAUCCACUCUAUCACUGUUCAGCAAAGCAAAACCAGAUCUGAUGGUUAAACAUGCCGAAACACUGCAGCCAUAUUUAUCAAUGAAUAUGAAUGGACCAGCAGAGCAGCAAGUUAUGAAUCAGGUUGUCAAUAUGUUGGAAAGAGUGGUUCCAUUGAUGGAUCAUCCAUCAGAAUCAUUCCUCAAAACGCUCGAUGAAAGCUUAUAUCAACUAGUGAAAGAUGGUGGUAUGCGUAUCAUUGCUUCAUCAUUAGCCUGUAAUGCAGCUAUAUACAAUAAAUGGAAAAAACGAACUCCGGCAGUUAUUGAAACAUUUUUCAAGUAUUUGAAAUACUUACAUCAAAUAAAGGAGGAUGUACUGCGAAAACAAAGCCCUGGUAUUUUACCAGUAAAGAAACCAAUGGUCCUAAGGUCGUUGUUUUCUAUCGGAUUGAUGUCACGCUAUUUCGAUUUGGAUGGAAUUUUGGAAAAUAAUGAAGAAGCGAAAAAAUUUCUAGAUGCAAAUGCAGCAUUGCCACCAUCCGCUUCAUCAACGGAAGUAAAUGAAGAGCAUGAUGAGGAAGAAAAACAAUCUUCAAAACCGAAUCUCUUUGUUGAAAUGAUUUUCCAAGUUUUGAUAACAUUCUGCAGAUAUCGUGAUGGUGACAUCCGACUAAAGGCUUUGAAUUCCAUUGGAAAUUUCACAGCAACUAAUUCCGAAUACCUGACACGAACGGAACUGAGAAAUAUGUAUAUGACAUUGCUGGGAACUGAUGAUAAAGAGUAUUUGGGCUUGAAAAUACAAACUCUGAAGAAUUUAGAAUUGUUUUUGAGUGCUGAAGAAACAAAAAUGGUCAAAAAUAACAAUGAAUGUAGGGUAGGGUCACUUUCUACUAAUUAUCACGUUCAAGCAUUCUGUAAACCGUUUAUUAAGAAGCUCAAACCAAGGCAUAUAUCAAAAGAAGAACAUGAUUUGAAAGAGAUGGAAUUGGCGAAUUCCGGAUUAGCUUCAGCGAUCAUACAGCUUUAUUGGAACGCAGUGCUGAAUUCAUAUUACAAUUCAAGUGAUGCUGUACGAACUGCUGCUGUUCAGGUUGCAAUUCUAACCCUCAGUCAGGGAUUAGUGACACCAGGUUCAUCAAUUCCAACGUUGAUCGCUAUGUCCACUGAUCGAAACACUCUUGUUCGGAAUAAAGUAGAGAAUAUAUUGAGGGAUAUCGAUUCAAAAUAUGCUGGCAUGGUUCCGAGUAAGGCGGUAGCAGGUAUACGUUGCUCAUUCCGUUUACAUAUGAUCAUAAAAAACGAUCCGGAAUCUGUCCUUCGUGGUAUUCGAGCCUGUGAUCAGACAGGUUCAAGUGACAGUCUCAAAUUGGUAAAUGGAAUACCGAAAAUGACGAAUGAUGGACAGGCAUUAUUGAGUGGGCUGUAUCAAAAUCUUCGUGGUAAUCGGCAACAGCGAAGAAGCUUUUUGUCUUCUAUUCUUCGAUUGUUUUCCGAAGAUUCUCGAGAGAAAUUGACAUUGGAAGAGUGGUUAUUUGUUGCGGAUAAUUUGGCAAUGUUUCCGUAUCAGGUGAUAGAUGAACCGUUAUAUGUUAUCCGACGAAUAGAAUCCAUCGUUUCCAUUAGCGGACAAAACAUAAUCAACAAUUUCAUGGGUCAACUUCUUCCUCGACCAAGCAAUGUAGAAAAUGAUGAUGAAGCUGAAUAUACACCGGAACUUAUUUACAGACGAUUUCCGGAAGAUAAGAGUAUGCUUCACGAAUGUAUGAAAAAUAGCCAAGCAUGCUUCAUAUUACUUUAUUUGAAGAAUUUCUUGAUGAAGCUUUAUGGGUUCAGUGAUGCAAAAGUACAAGAGUAUAGUCCAUCAGAAGCAGCUAAAGUUUAUGAAAAAGCUGUUAGCAGUCGACGUAAUAUGUUGAUGUUCAAUCCACACUCAGCGCUUGAAGAACUUCGUCCGGAAACAGCUUUAAAACGUAACACGGUCAACGGUCAUAUCGAAAUGGCUAACCAAAUUGUGGCUUUCCGAAACAUGCUGCUUUCGUUGGAUCGGGAUAACGGUGAUGAGCAUGAUGGAAUAGAUGCUGCAAGACUUAUGGAAACAGCAGCAUCAAAAGAUCCUAUUAAUGUUCUAAUGGAAGAUGAGGAUCAGGAUAUGCAUAUGGCUGAUAGUAUUUCCGAAGCUACCAAUUGUAGUGAAGCUGAUGCUAGAUCCGCCUGA